AGAUGUACAAAGCCCUCUGUUCUCACCACCCUGUCUGAAAAGCACCAAGUUUCAGCGGCAGACACCUGACCCUUCCUGAAUGAGCCUGAGAAGACUCAUCUCUGCUCCCUCUCCUCCGGACUGCCUCCCUCACACCUCAUUCCUCCUCAACUUCUGCAGCUGAUAACGGCUCAGUCAGUCAAGGGGAGACUCUUCUUCUUUUUAUUUCCCUCUCUCUUUGUCUGAAAUGAGAAGAUCAAGGACAGCUGACAUGAGGGGAGAUGCUCCACAUAGAGGCAUGAGGACCACAUGUCUGUGGGCCGCUGCUGGGCUGCUGUCAGUCAUCUCUCUGGUCACCUGUGCCGACUCAUCCAGAUCAGGAAGUCCUGACUUGAGGCAAAACUCAAAAUCCAAAGCGAAGACUUACUGGAGUGAGAGCAGCAAAGCCGUGUCCAUCAGCCGCCUGCUGUCCCAAACCCUCUACGCCAAGGAGAACUUCACGUCUAUGGAUCUGAGCUACGACGAGGCAGACUUGUACUCUAAACAGGAGCAGUGGAGCUGGCUGUACAACACGUCGGCCUCCAGGGACCCUCGGUCCAGGAUGAAAAGAAGGCCCAUUGUCAAAACUGGGAAGUUUAAGAAGAUGUUUGGUUGGGGCGAUUUCCACUCCAACAUAAAGACGGUGAAGCUGAACCUCCUCAUCACCGGUAAAAUUGUGGACCACGGCAACGGUACCUUCAGCGUCUACUUCCGGCACAACGCCACGGGUCAGGGCAACGUUUCCGUGGGUCUCGUCCCGCCGACGAAGGCCGUGGAGUUCCAGGUCCACCAGCAGCACCAGCAGUUCCAGCAGCAGCAGCAGACGGCUCUGGAGACCAAAGACACCAAGCUGUUCAACUGCAGGGUGGAGUACGAGAAGGUGGAGAAGGGGACCAGGAACUCGCUGUGCGCCCACGACCCCUCGCAGAGCUGCCCGCAGGAGCAGACCCAGAGCCACGUGUCCUGGCUGUGCUCCAAACCCUUCAAAGUCAUCUGCAUCUUCAUCACCUUCUACAGCACCGACUACAAGCUGGUGCAGAAGGUGUGCCCGGACUACAACUACCACAGUGACACCCCCUACCUCCCCACCGGCUGAUGGCACCACCAGACAAAGGAAGACCAAAAAAAAAGAAGAAAGAAAAAAAAAAGAAGAUGCAGGCUGUUGGGGCCCUGAGCAGUCAGAUUAUUCACACGAAAAGUGAGUGGAGACAUUUACAACUCAAGAUGUCGACUGGCAUUAUUACAACUAAAAUAUCCUCGUCACAAGACCGCCGUUGCUCCAGGGUCACGAGAGCAUUUUAGAAAAGCACUUAUAGGCUUGCAAUACUCACAUGCGUUAGCUGCUUACAUCGAAUGGAAAUUCAAAAACCAACUGUGAAAAUGUCCAGAUUGUAUUUAUGUAAAUAUCACAAAAUCCACACGAAAAGACCAGAAAACUAUUUUAUGAACUUUCUCUUCAUGCUAAUUUACUUGUUUUUGUUGACAGUGUAUUUCCAUCUCAAUCAUGCUUCCUGUCUUCUCCAAUCAAUCUCUGGUAAUCUUUGCAGAAACGUAAACGUCAAUGCAAAUAAGAAGAACCUGUCAGUACGCAUUAGAGGGCAUCAUGGAAAAAAGCAUUUUGAGUGGUGUUGUUUUCUGCUGUGUGAUUGUAAGCGUGAAUAUACCUCUCAUAUUGUUGUGGGAAUCUCAUCUAUGUUCAUGCAUGAACCGAACGUGGUAAACAACUAUAUAACGUCCAGUUAUAUUUUCAUGUUAUUGCAGCUGUCAAAAGAAAUCUUCAUCAAUUCCUACAGACAACAAAGAGAAAAUGGUCUAUUUUAAUUCUUUGCUUGCUGUCUGAAGACUACAGAUGGUGCACAGUGAAUAAAACCAGUGGAGAGCUCCCAAAAUAUCAAACACAAGGAAGUAAAUGUCACAAAAGAUAAAUAAAAAGUUGCAGAAAACACGCAAGAUGAUAGAGUUACAGGAGCUAAUUUUCUUUGGUGUACUGAGAAAAAAAACAAAAAUCAAAUACAACCAUGCUCUAAAUCUGCUUAUUUCUCUGUGCUGCAUUUCCAUUUCAGACAUUUAAAUGUUGCUUUUAUUUUGGUGACUUACAACAAGCUCAGUGUAAUACAGCCGGGCUCCUGCAACAUGACAAGAUGAGCAAACAGAAGUGAGGAAUGUCACAGUGAUCCUGUACAAACCAAAAAUAACCGUUUGUGCACAGCGGGAUAAUAGUUUAGUGAAACAUAAUGACAAAAAAGGUCAAAAGUGUUUAAAAAUAGGCAUAAGAACAUUUGAAUAGAGAAAAGCAUUGAAGUUGCGGAGAGGAUGGUUUCCGGAGGUUCUUUUAAUGAACCAUAUUAAAGCGUGAGAGAUGGUAAAAUCUGUGUUCCUCCUCCAGAGGCAGCUCUUCCAUUAAACAGCAGGUGAGGAUCACAUAUACCACCUAUCAAACAUUUGCACCUCUGGUUAUCAAAAAGGGCCGAUUUUGCAGGAGACUAACACCAGCUGCUAAUGAUACUGGAUGUUCCAAUUGGCCAUUAAACCUUCAUUACAUAGAUUGGGAGCCGGUGGCUCCAUGUGAAGCAUUUGGAGGAAAUGAACACAGUGAAAGUGGGAGCUCUGCAGAGUCAACACCACUGAGUAGAAAAUGAAUUAAAAUGCCAAUAUAAAACUGGUUAAAAAAAUAAAAAGUACAAAUGUGCACCUAGAGGCAAAAUCACUGCUGUCUAUUUAAAUUCUCUGGUGUUUCACAGUGUACGCCACGAUAUGCACAAUGCCGUUAAUGGCAGCCUGGACGACAUCCAGCGUGCGAACAUGGGGUGAAUUUUCUGACAGGGCACGCCAUAGAGCCGGUCUGCCUGUGGGAUGAGUGAGCAUAAAGAGGAAUUUAUGAUGUAGAGGAACGAGGAUGGCAGAAAUCACUGGAAGCACCUGACUCGUAAAUUGAGUGCAUGUUCCUGUCAGCAAGAAGAAGGAAUGACUAAUGUCUGAGAUUGCUGUUUAGGCCAUCCCUUUCAUCUCAAUAAAGUCACUUUGAUAUCUCGCUACCCCUGCCCAAAUCUGCCAGGGACAGUUUAAGAUUCAGAAAUUAAAGCAGCACUUUGCUGGAACAAUGCAGCCUCAUUAUGCACACAAUCUUGCGGCUGUAAACAGUUUCAGUGCAAGAGUCCCUAAAAGAUUAGAGGAGGUGUACUUCCACACGAGAUAAGUGGGUUAAUCGAGGUUAAUCGAGACUAAAAGCUAGGCCUCCUGUGGUAUUUUAACCUGGCUAGAUCAUCAUGGAGAUCUUUGCUCCAAGUCUAACCUGGACCAAAGCAGGUUAUCUUCCCAAUUUGUGUAUUUAAUCAGUUUGUUGGAGUGUGUUAGCUUCAGAACAUAACAUUUCACUUCAAAUCUUAUGCAGCAUAUCUUGCAUAUAGAAAAUGAAAAGCCCCAGCAGUAAUGUGCCACUUCGGAUUAUGUUUUUGCGUUUGUCUUGACCCGUUUCCACAUUUGUUUCAGUAUAGUACUGCUGCAGCUAAAAACAGAGACAAAUGGUCUCUUAAAAUGUUUGACAAAUCUAUUGAUGUGACGUUAACACAAUAUACUUGGAGCUAAAAAGGCAAGGAGCUUAAAUUAGCCAAGACACCUGCAGGAGACGGGUUUCCAUUAAAACCUAGAAGGCUGGAAUUGUAACAGGACCAGCAUCUUCCUCUGUUCUUUCACCUGUUGUGUCUAAAUUCACAGUGACGGACCUGGUAGGAUCCACUUAGCAACAUACCACUCUAUACCUCUCAGUAAAAAUGGUGCACUUCCACCACCGUUUUCCAGUCACCAUUAUACCUAUAGAAAAAGAGGAACAGGAUGGUGAAAAAAAAAAAAAGUGGAUUAAGAUCAACUUUGAAGGAGCCAAGACUGUUUCCAUAUGCUGCAACGAGUGAGAACAACUCAAACUCAGUCGCUAACGAAAAGCAACUCCAUGGGAAAUAUAACGCAUUGUUUGUUUAAUGGGUCACACGCAAAAGUAAAACAGAAAAGUGUAUUUUUCUUUGGCAGAAACUGUUGAUCAUGUG